AACGGCGGCAAGCCCCGAGCAGGCCGCCCUAUACGAAUGGCAGCUUUUGCGGGCCAGGCGCAUCGGUCGCAUCGCCGACUCCACCGUCACGCUCGUCGUCCCCGAUCCCCACGGCGCCCGCAUAGGCUCCGGGGCCGCCACUCUCCACGCCAUUUCUGUCCUCGCUCGUUAUCUGGUCCGUGUUGGUCUCAUUUCCCCCCAGGUGUUAAAUAACAAGGACAACAUAACAACUUCAACAAAUGAAUUAACCACCUAUGCCAAUGAAGCUCAGGCAAUUGUAAACUUCUUCGCAAAAUGGCAUAUUCUAUUACUUCAUGCUGGGGGCGACUCUAAAAGGCUUCCAUGGGCAAAUCCAAUGGGCAAAGUUUUCUUGCCGCUUCCAUACUUAGCAGCAGAUAAUCCCGAUGGUCCUGUUCCACUGCUUUUUGACCACAUACUGGCGAUUUCUUCUAGAGCAAGGCAAGCUCUUAAAAAUGAAGGGGGAAUUUUGAUAAUGACGGGAGAUGUUCUACCUAUUUUUGAUGCUUCAACCAUAGUUCUCCCAGAUGACGCAUCAUGCAUCAUCACAGUUCCGAUCACCUUAGAUAUAGCAUCCAAUCAUGGGGUUGUUGUUGCAUCCAAAAAUAGAGUUUUGGAUGAGAACUAUUCCCUUUGUAUGGUUGACAAUCUUUUGCAAAAGCCAUCGAUGGAAGAACUAAUAGAAAGUCAGGCUAUUCUACAUGACGGGCGAACGUUGCUUGAUACUGGAAUAAUAGCCGUAAGGGGUAAAGCAUGGGUUGAGCUUGCUAUGUUUGCAUAUUCUUGGUGUCACGUUAUGAUCCAGGAACUAUUGGAGAGCAGAAAUGAGAUGAGUUUGUAUGAAGAUCUAGCUGCCGCUUGGGUACCUGCAAAACAUGAAUGGUUGAAGCGAAGGCCCUUAGGCAAAGAACUGGUAAAUGCAUUAGGCGGACGAAGGAUUUUUAGUUGUUGUGCUUACGGGCUGUCAUUUUUACAUUUUGGUUCUUCAAGUGAAGUCCUGGAUCAUUUAAAUGGUAUUUAUUCGGGACUCGUAUGUCGUAGACACUUGUGCUACGUUCCAGAUACCACUGUCUGUGAUAUUGCUCCAUCUGCAGUUAUUCUUUCUAGCAGAAUUUCACCUGGUGUUUCAAUUCGUGAGCAAUCAUUGGUUUAUGAUUCUUCCCUUUCUGGUAGAAUACAGAUUGGUUCUCAAUCCAUUGUUGUUGGUGUGCAUACCGAAGGAGCUUGCAUUGAAACACAAAAUAAAAUUGGGUUUGUAUUACCUGAUCGGCAUUGCCUUUGGGAGGUUCCUUUAUUAGGAUGCAUGGGAACCGUCAUUGUCUACUGUGGACUCCAAGAUAAUCCAAAAAUGUAUGCUGAAAAUGGCGGGACAUUUUGUGGCAAGCCAUGGAGAAAAGUUUUACUUGAUUUGGGUAUUCAAGAAAUAGAUUUGUGGAGUUCACUUGACGCCAGGGACAAAUGCUUGUGGACAGCUAGGAUUUUCCCGCUUCUGUUACCUUCAAAAAUGCUCAGUUUAGGUAUGUGGCUUAUGGGCUCAGGCAGUUUGGACUGCAAAGAAAUGCUCUCCAUGUGGAAGAGUUCACGGCGUGUGAGCCUGGACGAACUUCAUCACUCCAUAGACUAUCCUCGAAUUUGUGAAUCUGCUCGUAAUCAUCAUGCUGAUCUUGCAUCUGGAAUUGCUAAAGCCUGCAUGGCGAAUGGACUGCUUGGACGGGAUAUUUCUGAACUGUGUGCUGAAAUUUUACAGAGAGAUAAUUCUGGGUCUGAAGUUUGCAAAGAACUUCUUUCACUUUGUCCCACUCCCGAGGCUCAAAAUCCUGGGGUUCUUCCUCGAAGCAGGGCAUACCAGGUGCAGGUUGAUCUUCUAAGGGCUUGUAGAGAUGAGUUAGCGGCUUGUGCGCUGGAGCGAGAAGUAUGGGCUGCUGUUGCUAAUGAGACUGCUUCAGCUGUAGAAGGAAUUCAAGAUAGUAUUUCCAACUCAUCUGUAGGGACGAAUUGCAAGCCAGAUAGCAGCACUUAUGACAGUAUCUCAUUCCAGUCAAGAACAGCAGUCAUUGAGCUGCCAGUUCGGGUUGAUUUUGUUGGUGGUUGGAGCGACACACCACCAUGGAGUUUAGAGCGUCCAGGUUGUGUUUUGAAUAUGGCAAUAAAAUUAGAAGGUUCCCUUCCAAUUGGGGCUGAGAUUGAGACAACAGAACAUCCAGGGAUACUAAUCUUAGAUGAUGCAAAAAAUCAGUUAUAUAUAAGUGAUCCAAGCUCAAUUUCUGGGCCAUUUGACAAAGAUGAUCCCUUUCGGCUUGUUAAGUCUGCUUUUCUUGUCUCUGGUAUUGUUCAUCAUAAGAUAUUGGUUGACUCUGGCAUACGGAUUAGGACGUGGGCAGAUGUGCCCCGUGGAAGUGGGCUAGGAACUUCCAGCAUAUUAGCUGCAGCUAUUGUAAAAGGACUUCUUUCUCUAAUGAGAGAAGAUGAAAGUAAUGAAAAUGUAGCUAGAAUUGUUUUGGUGCUUGAACAAGUUAUGGGCACAGGAGGAGGAUGGCAAGAUCAAAUAGGAGGUCUAUACCCAGGCAUAAAAUGUACAAAUAGUUUUCCAGGACAGCCACUAAGGUUGCAAGUCAUUCCUAUUGUAGCUUCGCCUCAGGUGGUACAGCAGCUGGAACAACGCCUUCUUGUAGUUUUCACCGGCCAAGUUCGACUUGCCAACCAAGUAUUGCAGAAGGUCGUUAGGCGCUACCUUCGCAGAGAUAACAUGCUGAUAUCAAGCAUCGAGCGGCUCGCAGCAUUGGCGAAAAUUGGAAGGGAAGCUUUAAUGAAUGAUGAUAUUGAUGAGAUUGGUAAUAUAAUGCUGGAGGCAUGGAUGCUUCAUCAAGAAUUGGAUCCGUAUUGCAGCAAUGAGUUUGUGGACAAGCUGUUUGCCUUCGCUGACCCCUAUUGCUCCGGCUACAAGCUUGUCGGCGCUGGUGGAGGUGGUUUUGCCCUGCUUUUAGCCAAGGACCAUUGCUGUGCGCAGCAGUUAAGAAGAGCUAUUGAAGACUCUCCAGAUCUAGACGUGAAAAUCUACAAUUGGAGCACUUUUUGAGGUUGGCUUAACUGAUCAUUCUAAUCUGUUAAAACUGCAAUGUGCGGGUGCAAUCACCUCGAAGACCUCCCUCGCCUUUUUUUUCUUUGCUUCGAGUGGAUGGAUGAUGGAAGCUGGAUUUUUACAAAAGUAUUUCUUACUAUGUUGUGGGCUUAAGAGUGGAUAUCAACUAAUUCGGUUGGUAAGUGAUCUUUGCCUGCAUAAUAAUAAAUCGUCAUUUUGCAGACA